AUGAAGACAUUCAGUGGCAACUACACCUUGCCCCCGGAUGGAGUGAACUUUGUGUCCAGUCCCAACGUAAGGGGUACCUUGGAUAUUCUCUGGAGUUGCCUGAGCGUCCUUCUGAUCUGCACUUGGUCUAUCAUCCAUCCGGCAGUUCCAUUUCAGACAAGUCCUCAACGCAAAAUACAAAAAUUCAACCGCGCUGCUGUUCGACUGUUCUGGAAGUUUUCUUGGAUGCUCCUCAACUUGCUCGCACCUGAAUGGUCUCUUGCCAAAGCCUGGGCCGACUACCAAUCCGUCUCAUCUCUGGAAGAUGGCUUCAAGAAAUUUCAAGAGCAAGAUGGUGUCCCUUGGAGUCGCGCCCACAUUCAUUUGGCCAACAUGGGCGGUUUCGCCAUUCGGUUCUCUUCGUCCUCUAUGCCUGCGCCCAGCGACGACAAGAAUCCCAAUGUUUCAGCUUUGAGAAGCAAGACAGAUGAUCCUUCAAAUGGCUAUCAUUUUACCUCGGCUCGGGCUUCAUUCGUGGCCACUAGAGAAGACUCUAAUGCUGCUGUUGAAACGGAGCUCUCUGGGAGUUGCAAUAAUACGACACAACUAAAUCGUUCAAAUUCGGCGCCGGUAUCCAGCUCAGGCCGACCGGAGAGUUCGAUCAAUAACAACCUCAUCAACGUCCAGUCCAGCCCGGAUAUCGUCUCACUUGAGAAAUGCGUCACCGUGGGCCAAACUCAGAAGGUAGAUGAGCAGAAUACCUUACCGCAAGACGUGAAAGAUAAGCUGCAGCUGUUGGAUCGCCUUUUUGGGAAAUUUGAUAUUGAAAAAAGGGUUCGGGACAGCUCUUACUACCAUGGACUGCUCCCAUGGGUGCCGGAUAAGCAGAACCGCGAUGCUUUCCGUGAAGCAUUAGAGACGGUGGAUAUGGCCUUCUUUCCCAGCUCUUGGGAGAAAGCCAGAUUUCGCAACUCUGCGGGCGUUUGGUUUGGCAAUCUUUUUGUCCUCCAAGGAAAUCUCUGGGUUUUGGACGCGAAGCAGCUGCUGCUCGCACGCGAGCUCGGAAUCAUCGAACAGCUUCCUUGCAUGUCCGAUGACGAACUCGCAGACCGGAAUAAGGCCGAUCAAUUGGUGAAGAUAUUUGCAGUCCUCCAAAUUAUUUGGUUCCUGAUCCAGACAAUUACGAGACUCGUUCGACACCUUGCAACUAGCCAGCUUGAGAUCUUGACACUCUCCUUCGCAGUUUCGACAGUAUUCACAUACCUUCUACUGUUGGAGAAACCAAAGGAUGUCCAUACAUCUGUCAUUCUCUCUGCAACCCGAUACGCAACAAAGCAGGAGCUCAGUCGGGUGGCCGUCGCAGGUCCUGGCUGCUAUAUAUUCCCUAGAUCCGAUCUCUGGGUUCCAAGCAAUUCCUUGCACGCCAUUGGAACAUCACAAAGAGCCGAUAACGCAACAUUGGCAAAUGGCGCGGCGUUUAGCGUGUUGAUUCUUGGAUUGAUCCACUGCGUGGCUUGGGAUUUCGUUUUCCCCACACUAAUCGAGAGAGUGCUUUGGCAGGCAAGCUCAAUCAUAACGGCCACUGCAAUUCCAGUCAUGUACCUUCUUUCAAAGAUAACGAGUCUUACCUUUUCGCACUUCAGCAAGUGGCUUCCCCGUGCUUUUAACCAACAGUCUAUGUUGGUGACUGUUAUGUCCAAUAACGUGGCGGGCCUGUUCUUCUUUGUUUUCUUUGCUGCUAGAUUGUUUGCCGCUGUUGAGGCCUUGCGUUCUUUGGCAUUCUUGCCCUCGGGGGCAUUUUCUACGACUUGGACUGACAGUAUACCUCAUAUUGGUUGA